UAAAUGUACUCGUUUCUCUCCCCUGUCUUGGUGAUGCUCCAGAAAAUAUGACCUCAAAAAUCUUUGGCAGCUAUUCUGUGAAGGUGGUUAAAUGUGUAAGGAAUUACAGUUCAAAACAGGAAUUAAAUGAAGUGGUCAUAGCCAGUGCAGUUCGGACACCUAUUGGAUCUUUUCUGAGUUCUUUAGCGGAAGUACCUGCGACUCGUCUGGGAUCUAUUGCUAUCAAAGAAUCUAUAAAUAGAGCAGGAAUUAAACCAGAAGAUGUUAAUGAAGUUUAUAUGGGCAAUGUCUGUACAGCAUCAGAAGGUCAAGCUCCAUGUAGGCAGGCAACCUUAGGAGCAGGUUUGCCCAUCACCACACCAACAACAACUGUAAAUAAAGUUUGUGCCUCAGGGAUGAAAUCUAUAAUGAUGGCAGCACAGUCACUCAUGUGUGGACACCAGGAAGUUAUGGUAGCAGGAGGGAUGGAAAGUAUGUCAAAUGUCCCGUACUACAUGUCCAGGGGACAAACACCUUACGGUAAAGUAGAACUCAAGGAUGGGAUUGUCUUUGAUGGUUUAACAGAUGCUUAUGAUCACAUCCACAUGGGAGUAUGUGCUGAGAACACAGCAAAGAAAUAUAAUAUAUCUCGUGACGAGCAGGAUGAGUAUGCUAUCAGAAGUUACAAACUGAGUCAGCAGGCGGCAGCUAGUGGCUUGUUUGGAAAAGAGAUUACACCUGUAGAAAUAACAAGAAAGAAAGGAGAUCCUGUUGUUAUUACAGAAGACGAAGAGUACAAAAAAGUCAACUUUGAUAAAUUUAAAACUCUCAGGACAGUAUUUCAGAAAGAUGGAACUGUAACUGCUGCAAAUGCUAGUACCCUGAAUGAUGGUGCUGCCGCCCUGGUUUUGAUGACAGCUAGUGCAGCAAAGAAGUUGAAUGUUACACCACUGGCUAAAAUCAUUGCUUUUGCAGAUGCAGCCAUUGCACCUAUAGACUUCCCCACAGCACCUGCUUACGCUGUUCCUAAGGUAUUAAAGCAAGCAGGUUUGACAAAAGAUGAAAUUGACAUGUGGGAAAUCAAUGAAGCUUUUAGUAACGUUGUGCUUGCAAACGUUAAAGAAUUAGGGUUGGAUAUGAACAAAGUAAACAUCCAUGGUGGAGCUGUCAGUAUAGGACAUCCUAUAGGAAUGUCAGGAGCGCGUAUUACAGGUCACAUGGUACACAACUUGUUACCAGGGAAAUUUGGAAUGGCAGCUAUUUGUAAUGGAGGAGGUGGAGCUUCAGCCAUCUUGAUACAGAGAUUGUAGUGUAGAACAAAAUGAACUGUGAUAUAUUUAUACAUAAAAAAAUUAUUUGAUGUGAAAUAAGCAAGAUGCCAUUUUGUGUUUUUGAAUACACAAAAUUAAAAUCAUUAUAUUGAAAAAAUAAUCUUAAAUAUGAACAGGAUGCUUAUCUGUGACUUUGUGUGCAAAAUUUUUUCUCAAUGAAGUUUUGUGUAGAUUUUUUUACUCCAUACAAAAUUGUACAUUUUAUGUAUGGCACUUACAUGACUCGAAUAAGAUGUUAUUUGAACUCUCACUGUCUGGAUCAAAUAAAUUAUCGAAAGAUUUA